GUACAUUCGAGGAAUUACAAAUUCAAAUUGUUAUUGUUUUAAACAGUUAAAGUAUCAAGUACACGACUCUUACAACGCGUCUUUGAUGGUCAAUUUAAUCGUGUUAUAUUUAGUUUUUUUUUUUAUACUAGAAACAACAAAGAAGUGCGUAGAGAUCCCCAUUUUGCUUUCAUUGAAAGUGAAGCUAUUCGUAUUUAUUCUUUCAAGAAAUACUAAACCACUACAAAGAAUUUUUUUAAGAAAAAGUUAAAAAAAAUGUAUAUAAAAACUACUUUUAAAACCCUUUAAGAAUACUAAUUAAGAAAUUUGAUGAUUUAGCAAUAAAUAAAAUUUAAAAAUUAUAAAACGUUGCGUUAAGUGUUAAAGAAAAAUUUUUUUUUAAAUGAGUAUCAAUAUGUAUCAUUAUGUGACAUUCUGGUUAAAAUAUCUUUAUAAAAUUAUAUGUUUAAAAUUAACCACAUUUUUUGAUAACACCGGCUUUAAAAGUCACUAUUUGUGUGAAUUUAAAGAUGAAUCUAAUAACAGAAAUUACAUACCCAAAGUUAAGGGUUUGCCUUUGGUUGGCACCAUUUUUGAUUUAAUAGCUGCAGGAGGAGCUCCAAAACUACAUCUUUACAUUGACAAACGUCAUGCCGAGUAUGGGCAUAUAUUUCGUGAACGUUUGGGUGGAACAGAGGAGGGUAUAUUUGUGUCAUCUGCAAAUCUAAUGCGUGCAGUAUUUAUUCAUGAGGGUUCAUAUCCCCGGCAUCCAUUACCAGAAGCUUGGGUAUUAUACAAUAAAGAAAACAAUUGUCAAAGAGGUUUAUUCUUUAUGGAUGGUGAAGAAUGGUUUCACAAUCGUCGUAUAUUAAGUCGUUUACUGCUCAAUGGUAAUCUCGAUUGGAUGGAUUGGCAUGUUAGACAACAGAGUAAUAGAUUAAUACAAAAGUGGUUACGUAAAUGUGAAGGUCAGCCAACUAAAGGUUUUAUAAUAGAAAAUUUGGAAGAACAGUUAUACAGAUGGUCUAUAGAUGUUAUCAUAUCUGUCAUGUUUGGCGAAACUUCGGAUUUGGAAAUAUUAGAUAUUCAACAGGCUGUCGAUGAAUUUUCAAAUAUUGUUCACAAAAUAUUCGAAAGCAGUUCACCUUUAAUGAAUUUCCCACCCAAAUUAGCCAAAAUGUUAGGUAUGAAAAUAUGGCGUGAAUUUGAAAAAAGUGUUGAAGAAGUUUUAAUCAAGGGCUAUCGUGUAAUUGAUCUAUUCCUGGAACGCACUUCAGCCUAUCCUGGUGGUCUUUAUGAAAAAUUACAAGAGGCUGAAGUUCCUUUGGAUAUGAUAAAACGUAUAUUUGUGGAUUUGGUUAUAGCAGCUGGAGAUACAACUGCCUAUUCCACUACCUGGGCUUUAUACCUGUUGUCACAAGAUGAAAAAUUACAAGAGAAGCUGUAUGAAGAAUACAAUACCAACACCCAUGAUACACCCUUACUAAGAGGUCUAAUAAAGGAAACACUACGUCUUUAUCCGGUAGCACCAUUUAUUGGCCGAUACAUACCACAGGAAUGUAUGCUGGAUAAUAAAUAUCACUUAAAAGAAAAUUCCUUGGUGUUUCUGUCACUAUUUACGGCUGGUCGUGAUGCCAAGCAUUUCCCGGAACCCUUAAAAGUAAUGCCAGAACGUUGGCUACGUAAUGAACAGACUGGUGAGUUAAGAGCGGUAUAUGAAGCUCAUGCUACUUUACCUUUUGCCAUUGGAAAUCGUUCUUGUAUUGGACGCAAAUUGGCCAUUAAUCAAAUGCAAUAUAUGGUAGCCGAGAUGGCCAAACUUUUUCAUUUAAAAUGUCUUAAUAGCACACCCAUAGAAAGUAUCUUAAGAUUGGUUACCAUUCCCAAUCAACCCAUUAAACUAUUAAUAAACAAACGCUGGGAUUAAAUUUACCUAAAGUUAG